UUACACACAGGAGCGGAUCUCUAAGGGGAUGCAGAGACAACAAGGAACGUGGGGGGGUUCGAACAAGAGGAAUCGCUCUGCUCCAGGAAUAUGACACACCGCACGGACGCGACCAGUGCAGCAGGCACACAUAACAGUCGGAAUCGGGACUAAACUCACACCAACGCAUUUUUGGAUAGCUGACCUCUAUCUUCAGCUUUCUACACCCGGGCGAUUCCCUGGAUGCGACCUGAUCGUGCUCGUUCUGGAUACUUACUUGUGGAAACCCUAACGCCAGAAGGAUAGCCCGUACCUACUCCUGGGACCUAAAAGGGGAUCGGUCAAGGAGAACCUCGACCGCGAACAAAGAGACUACGGCUAUGUAGGAGAGCUGAAGACUUGUAAUCGUGCUGGGGGCACACUCCAUAAUCAGCAAUCCCUACGAAGGAGAAGGGACUCGACACGGGUGGACAACAGCUGCGUGUUGAGAAGAGGGGGCAUUGGGUGAUCUGCAGCAUGACAGACUUUUUUCUCGUUUCUGCAAAAGAUUUAGCUGAAUGAUCUACAACUGAGAGUCCGCCAAAAUGAAGGAGACGGGGGACCCGAAAGACCAGCAGCUAACGGUAGCGUUACGUAUCCGACCUUUGAGUGAUUCUGAGAAGGAUGAGGGUGCGACAGUUGUUGCUCACAAAGUCGAUGAUCAGAUGGUGGUCCUGAUGGAUCCCAUGGAAGACCCAGACGACAUCCUACGUGCAAACCGCUCCAGAGAAAAGUCAUUUCUCUUUGAUGUGGCAUUUGAUUUCACUGCCACACAGGAGGAUGUAUACCGUGCCACAACCAAGGGAUUAAUUGAGGGACUCAUCUCAGGUUACAAUGCAACUGUGUUUGCCUACGGCCCUACAGGCUGUGGUAAGACAUACACCAUGCUGGGAACAGAUGAAGAGCCAGGAAUUUAUGUGCAGACCUUGAAUGACCUCUUCAAAGCCAUUGAGGAAACAAGCGAUGACAUGAAGUACAGUGUUUCCAUGUCCUACCUGGAGAUUUACAAUGAAAUGAUUCGAGACCUGCUUAAUCCUUCCUCCGGCUUCCUGGACCUCCGAGAAGAUGCCAAAGGAGUGAUUCAAGUUGCAGGAAUAACUGAAGUGUCCACUAUAAAUGCGGAGGAGAUAAUGCAGCUUCUGAUGAAAGGCAACAAACAGCGAACCCAGGAACCUACGGCUGCCAACCAGACAUCAUCACGAUCUCAUGCCGUGCUGCAGGUGGCGGUGCGUCAGCAGAGCCGCUACCGUGACAUUCUGCAGGAAGUGCGUUUUGCUAGGCUUUUCAUGAUUGACUUGGCUGGUUCAGAACGUGCUGCACAGACUCAGAACCGAGGACAGCGUCUAAAGGAAGGUGCUCACAUUAACCGCUCAUUGCUUGCACUGGGAAACUGCAUUAAUGCCCUGAGCGAGAAAGGUGGCAACAAAUAUGUUAACUACAGGGACAGCAAACUGACACGUCUUCUUAAGGACUCCCUUGGCGGUAACAGUCGCACAGUUAUGAUUGCUCACAUCAGCCCUGCAUCUACUGCCUUUGAAGAGUCUCGGAACACACUUGUUUAUGCUGAUCGGGCUAAAAAUAUAAGGACACGGGUGAAACGUAACUUGCUAAAUGUGUCCUACCAUAUUGCCCAGUACACAAACAUCAUUUCUGACCUGCGUAGUGAAAUACAGCGGCUCAAAAAGAAGAUUGAUGAGCAAGCAAGCCGACAGAUAAAUGAGAGGAAUGACAUUCGCAACAUCCAUGAGGAGGUCCAGUCUCAAACGGCACAGGACCGAAGCGAAAUGGAAAGGCUUCGUAAGCAAUUGAUUGAGGCCUUUCAUCAACAAAUGGAGAUUCGCAAACACCUUAUGGAGCUUGAGAACAAUAAAAUGGAAAUUGAGAUGGACACCUCCAAGAACCUUCUAACAAUUGCAGACUGGGAACAAGAUCGUUGGAGAACCCGGAAGUGGAGGGGUGAACACCGCAAAGAAAGCAGGAAUAAGGAGGAAAGUGAGAAAGACUCAGACACCCCAGAGGAGAUAUCUGAUGGUUUGGAAACACAAGAGGUUGCAAUGGCAAGAGAGAACCUAGCUACUCUCAUGGGAGAGCAAAAGAAAGUUCAGAAGCAGAAGGUAUCUGAGAAAGCGUUUUCCAAGGAGAUCCGGGUACGAGCCCAACGUCUAGAGGAAAUGCUCCCACAAAAAGUCAGCUCUGAGGAACAAAGGGGAGGUUCUGGACUGCUUUGCAAGGUCCAUGAGCUGGAGAUUGAGAAUGCGAGAUGCAGUCUCACGCUCAUCCUCAAGGAGAAUGUGAUCCGGCAAAAAAACUUUGUGGUUCAGCGUUUUGAGCAGCAUCGGCAGCUCUGUGAUGAAAUCAUACGGCAGCAGAGGCUUCUUUAUUAAUGGUAGGUAGAACACAAUCUUUUAGUGCCGCCUCACCUGCAGGAACUUUAUGAGAUGUACUUACGGGAGCUGGAGGAAAGAAACUUGGAUCGAGUCAUGGCUCUGGACAAGGUUAUCUUUCGCACACUUAAGGAUGGAACUUUGCCUAAGAUCACUCUACCUAGGAAAAGACAUGAAUCACUGCAGGAAGCAGAUUCUGAUCAGGAGAGUGUACGCACAAUGGAGUCAGAGAUGAAGCAUCUGAGGGGAAGAACACGGCGUAACACACUGCCACCAAUCCUGCCAGAACCAGAUAGUGAUAAUAACCUUGUAUUCAAGGCAAGUUCAAGAACGAGACCCAGGAAUCCAACUGUGAUGACACCACCUCCAAUCCACAUCAAUGGACUCAUAAGCCAGGAGGUCCAGUCUGCUGCACAGGACAGCAUGAUCAGUUUUACAAAUUUCAGCCACAGCCUCAGCAGUCAUCUAAACUCCUCACCAGACAGCAGUGACAAUUUUUCUGACUCUCAUCCUCAACAUAAAGAACGGAAGCAGAUCCUUACCGGAGUGAAGAACAUUUCAGUGAAGGCAGCUCGACGCCGGUCAAAAGUAUUGGAAGUAGACCCAAUGCGUCUGCCCCCUGCAGCUGACUCACCAAAGGAAAAGAGUAGCUUUUCUCUGCACUCCAUGGGAGAGGCUGAGGAUCUUGCUGGUCCUUUGCCUCAAGGCCUACUCCCAGGUUCCAACAGGUCAUUUAGUCCAGGGCUGCAGCAUGCUGCCAGUGAGGACAACUUAUCAAGCAGCACCAAUGAGGGAAGUGCGCCUGGGGUACAGUGGACCCGCCCACUUCAUCGUAAGGGAGGAACCAAGAAGAUGGGACACAAAGACACUGAUGUCGAAGCAAGAAGACGAAAAAGGCGGUCACGAUCAUUUGAGGUUACAGGACAAGCGCUUAACAACACAAAGAGCACAGCUCAUCGCUUCCGACCACUGGACAGCAACUCUGACGCCCGCAUCCACAUCAAUGGCCAGCCUCUCCCUCUGCAACAGCCCCAGGGGAGAGGAGUACUUCAAUUAUCCAAAGUCAGACUUCCACAGCAGGGUUAUUAUUUUGGUCCAACCACAGCAGCAUCUGACUCCUCAUCCUCCAGCUUUCCCUUAAAUCACCCUGGCAACCUCAAAAGGGGACCUUAUUCCAAUCAACGAUUGCCCCAGCCACUGCUUUACAUAAACAAUGGAGGGGAGUCACGGUCUCGCAAGCAUUAGCCCUGAAGCAAGAGUUCUGCUUGUGAGACGAUAAACAUUUUGCAGGGAUGGUCCCUUGCCCCAACAACUGACGCCUCCACUGUGAUGAGACUUUUCUGCACUUAAGCCACUGCAGUUUUGUGGAAUAUGAUAAACACCUUCUCUGGGAUGACAGCACUUCUGAAGAGUAAUUAAUACUGUGCCUACCAAUUUAUCAAAAGCAAUAAGGCAAAGCUGUUCUUCAAAAUUCCUUUUAUACAAAGUAUAAGGAUAGGAUUGGGGCAUAAAAUGAAUACCUUCCUUCAUUUCAAUGAUAAGACCACAAUGAAUCAUUGCCUAGUAAUUUAAUUAUUUAAAGGUGCCUUUGGUUUUCUGAAAGAUAACCACCCAGAACAAUAUGGAUUCAACUUUAUCUAACCUUAGAGCUUCUAUUACGCAGGAGUGAAUAAAGCUUUGGUUUUCUCUGUGUUAGAUACAGAUGCAAUCCCUGGAUUAGGUCAGGCAUGAUUUUCCCAGUGAGCUGGUUUUCUCUCAUGACUCAAGUCAAGGGUCAGUCAGUCAGUCAUUUUCAAAUCCACUUAUUCCUGGACAGGGUCACGGUGGUCUGCUGGAGCCUAUGCCAGCUAUCAUAGAGUGCAAGGCAGGAGCAAACCCUGCACAGGGUGCCAGUCCAUCGCAGGGUAAACACACACACGCACACCCCAACCACACACCAGGGCCAAUUUACGAUCAUCAAUAUACCUAUUCUGCAGGUCUUUGGAUUGUGGGAAGAAACCAGACCACCCAGAGAAAACUCAGACAGACACUGGGAGAACAUGUAAAUUCCACGUAGAAAGAACAGUGUGAAAUUUAAUUCUAUGGGGGCCACAGUGGGCACUGGUUUUGCUGUAGAUAAACUUGAAUUCAUACGCUAAUUUUGCCUUCAAAAUGAUUUCAGUUCUGAUUUUAGCUUCUUGUUUAAACUACUUCUGAUGACUUUAAAAGAAAUGUGCCAAACUCAGCUCCUCGAGUGCUAAAGUGUAUGCUUAAUUUCACUCUAGUUACACUUUACAACUACCGACUGUUUCAUAACGUUUAAUUUAACUGCUUAAUUUAAUCUCCCUUUUUCCACAUGUUGUUGAGUGCAGAAAUAUUCUGUAGCAUUGCAUUAUCAAAUGAUUUCAUAAGGAUGUAUACUGGUAUCAUAAACACUGCAAUAAAAGAUGCUAUAUUUAACAUGCUGUAACUCACUAGUUAGUGGUGGCGUGUGUAACCAUACUGAAAAAGUUGUACAAAAUCAACCAAUAUAUUGAGUAUACAUCAAACUAAGUGCAUUAUAAGAAACCACACUUCCCUCAGCAAUAUCACUUAAGAGUACAAAUCCCUGCUGUAAAGCAAACAUUUAUGGACAACUUGAAGGCUAUUUUUAAAUUUUAAACCUAUCAACUCAGCCCCAAAACAAAAUAAAGAGAUUUCUGAUAAAAGACAAAAUUAAAAGUUGGACUGAAAAAAAAUCCAAUGGUGACCUGGUCACUCUGGAAAUGAGAUCACAUGUGUCUACUUCGGUUCAAUAGACAUUUUCCAUAUAUGAGGCUUAAAGGAGAACUUCGCCCUUUCACCGUAUUGUUAUAAAAAUAACCAGGGUCUGUUUCAGUACUUCAAACCAUUUUAUAUCUAUUGUUGGGCAAACUUUAGUUUAGGCACUGCAAAACUGAAUUACUCAUUUACUCUUAUGUAACAAGACCUUAACAAAGGCUUCUUUUGGUCUUCAUAACACUUCUAAAACAUCAGUAGUCAGGUUAUUCUACUCUGUGCAGUGUGGCAUAUUAACAUGAUGAUAAAACGACUUGUUAAUAUGAAGGAUUCACAGGUCUUAUGCUAAAAAUGUAAUAUCAAGAUAAAUGUAUCUUAAUUAGGCCACCUCAGACCAUUCCAAAGUGAAGUUUUAUUAAUAGGUGAUAUCGCAGAGAUGAAUAAACCCUUUACUGAUGCUUUUGAAAGUUUAAUGAAGGCCCAAAGAAGCCAUUGUUAAGGUCUUGUUACAUAAGAGUAAAUGAGGAAUAGAUGCAUUUUUGCAGUUAAACUAAAGUAUUACCCUAUAGCUUCUACAAAAAGAUACAUUUUAAUAAGCUUAAGCUAGUUCACUGCAAACUAUCUUCUUACACACUGUUCUACCUCCUAGAUUUACAAUAGCCUUUACAAAUUAAGAACAGGCAUAACUUUGUCUUGUAAAUUAUUUCAGUGGUUCAUACUUUCAUCAUAUUUUCUGUUGUUGACAUUUUGAUAUGUUUAAAGCAACUUGUUGGAAUGCUAUAUAGCAAUCUUUUCCUUACAGCCUAUCUUGACCAAAAUUUGGAAAUUUGUCCUGCUAUUAUUAUGAGUGUUAAAGAAAAUCACAUAAGAAGUUAUGCUACACUUGCAUUUUAAUUAAAUAGAAAAAUGUACAUAACACUAUUAGAAGCAUAGUAAAAUCAAGAUUUUUAUCACCUUAGCUGCUUCAAAAAAAUAGUAUUUUGCAGAAAAAAAUACAAAUUAUUAAAAUUCCAGGCAUCAGAAACAAAAUUAGUUUGAGUAAUCAACAAAAAACCAACAUUUUAUAAGAAGUUCAUAUGUUAUGCAGAGUGAACUUCUGCUUUAAUACACUGGGUUGGAGCGUGGUAUUUCUUCCUUUGCAAUACCAUUCUCAAAAGUACAAAAGAUAAUCAAUAUUAAAUGUUUAUUCUUGCACUUGGAUGAAUUCUGACUUAUUUUGUAUUACCUUGCUUAAAUUUGAGUGUUGUUUUUGUGUAGAUUUUUUGUAUAUCUGUAGUACUAGGGUGUUGUACCGUGUUAGCCAUUAUGAAUGUAGAAAAAAGCCAAGCAAAAUGACCCCUUUUAUUGGCUAACUAAAAAGAUUACAAUAUG